CCACCCGGCCGUCUGCGCGCUCUGCACCCGCGGCGCCCCCGCCCGCGGCCCCUCGCGCGCCGGCUCCGGGCUCACCGGCAGCGGGAGCGGCCUCAAGAUGGACGAAGGCGGCGGCGGCGGCGGCGGGGAGGGCGGCGCGCCCGAAGACCUCUCCUUAGAAGAGCGGGAAGAGCUCCUAGACAUCCGUCGAAGGAAAAAGGAACUUAUUGAUGACAUCGAGAGACUCAAGUACGAAAUCGCCGAGGUCAUGACUGAGAUCGACAACCUGACAUCCGUGGAGGAGAGCAAAACGUCUCAGAGGAACAAGCACAUCGCCAUGGGAAGGAAGAAGUUCAACAUGGACCCCAAGAAGGGCAUCCAGUUUUUGAUGGAGAACGGCCUGCUGCAGGGCGCCCCGGAGGACGUGGCGCAGUUCCUGUACAAGGGCGAGGGCCUGAACAAGACCGUCAUCGGGGACUACCUGGGGGAGCGGGACGAGUUUAACAUUAAAGUGCUCCAGGCUUUUGUCGAGCUCCACGAGUUUGCUGAUCUCAACCUCGUCCAAGCCUUAAGGCAGUUCCUGUGGAGCUUCCGGCUCCCCGGGGAGGCCCAGAAAAUCGACCGCAUGAUGGAGGCGUUCGCGUCCCGCUACUGCCUGUGCAACCCCGGCGUCUUCCAGUCCACAGACACGUGCUAUGUGCUGUCCUUCGCCAUCAUCAUGCUCAACACCAGCCUGCACAACCACAACGUGCGGGACAAGCCCACGGCCGAGCGCUUCGUCACCAUGAACCGAGGCAUCAACGAGGGCGGGGACCUGCCCGAGGAGCUGCUGAGGAACUUGUACGAGAGCAUCAAGAACGAGCCCUUCAAGAUCCCGGAGGACGACGGCAACGACCUGACCCACACCUUCUUCAACCCCGACCGCGAGGGCUGGCUGCUGAAGCUGGGCGGGCGCGUGAAGACCUGGAAGCGGCGGUGGUUCAUCCUCACCGACAACUGCCUCUAUUACUUCGAAUACACGACGGAUAAGGAGCCGCGGGGGAUCAUCCCGCUGGAGAACCUCAGCAUCCGGGAGGUGGAGGACCCCCGCAAGCCCAACUGUUUCGAGCUUUAUAACCCAAGCCACAAGGGGCAGGUCAUCAAAGCCUGCAAGACGGAGGCGGACGGCCGGGUGGUGGAGGGCAACCACGUGGUGUACCGCAUCUCGGCGCCCAGCCCGGAGGAGAAGGAGGAGUGGAUGAAGUCCAUCAGAGCGAGCAUCAGCAGGGACCCUUUCUACGACAUGCUGGCCACGCGGAAAAGGAGGAUUGCCAAUAAAAAGUAGCUUUCCUCGCCUGAACAGGUAAAAAGUAAAACCAAAACCCCACAGCAGAGGGGCCGGGCGAGGCAGCCCAGGAAGCGGUGCGCCAGCGCGGCCUGCGGGCCCCGAAGCCUCACGCGCGUCUGGUGAGCGACACCGGGCGUUUCCCUCCCGCCAACCUCGGCCUCGCGGCCGUGUCCACUCGUCCUCCUUGCGGUUCCUGUGGCAGCGGCGCCUGGGAGUCGAGCCGCGACCAUCCACGCAGCGGACUCGGGCGCGAGGUCUGCCACGGAACCUCGCUCCUCCAGUCGCCACACAUGCUCAUUCGUGAUGGUGUUCACUGUUUUAGAAGCUUCUGUUUUAUAUCAAAACGAAAGAAAAGCUACCACUUUUUUAUUCAGAUUUUUUUUCUCAGAUAUAUAGGACUCUAGCUUUUAUAUGCCUUUUUAUACUCUGAAAUUAUGAAAGAUACUUACUUUCUGAUAGUAUUUUUAGAAUGGCAGCUAUAAACGUAACUCCCGCCACAAGUAUGUACUGUGCACUGAACAGAAGUGAUGUAGACACUAUAUAUGCAGCAGCCGGGCGGGCACUGCACGGGGGGCGCCCUCAUUCCUCCUGGACAGGGAGGGUCCAAUUCCCCAGGGACCCCUCAGCUCAGGCCUGGUGGCCCCCCAGACACUUCCUGAAAAGGCCAAUCAGUACCGCUGAUGAUUGGGGGCAUUUGUCCCAUAACUGCGGAGCCCCGGCACAGACCUGUGUGGAACCAGAUGAAACUGCCUGUGUGGGACGCCCACAAGCCGCAGUUCCAUCGGUUCCACUGAACACGGGGCUGGUUCAGCCUGCGGCCACUGCCUUCGCUAUUGAGAACCUUCGUGCAGAAAGGACGCUUGUGUCCCUGAUCUGACCGUUGACCACGUUCCUCAAUAGGAUCGAAGGCAUGGAAGUAACGAAAAGCACGCUCACUGCACGUGGCGGAGCUCUCCUGUCCCGUCCCGCGGGGAGAGCGGGCUGCGGGGCGAUGUGGCGUUUAGGGUUUCCUGUCAACAGUACAGCCCCAGGUGCACGCUGUGGGGCACCUCGCAGGCCCAGGACCGGGUGCUGGCCGGGCCCCAGCACAUCCCAGACCGACCGUGGCGCACAGGUGGCGGGGCUGGAGCCGUGCUGGCUCUCCGGGACACGCCUUUCUUUUCCUUGGGGCUUUGUUCCCAUCGCCAGGACGGCCUUGCUCACGGGGCUGUUCUGGUGGUGGGUCCCUUCCCCCACCAGCUCCUCUCCCUGCCCGUCCGCUUGGGCACACCCUGAACUUGCACCCUUUAGAGGUCUUCCCCCUGCGAAAGCCCAGCCCGAGAAGGAGAAGCCGACUGACCUAUGCACGGACGUGGAGAUCCGACGGCAGGAGGAACUUCCUGAGCGUGGCCUUGCUGAGACUGGGUGGCCGUGGGCCUAGGCCUCGAGCUGCUGAUCUUGACGUAGCUUUAAGUCACACUAGACUAGAAAGGGCUGAGCCCACGGUCCUCCGACAUGCAUCAGACCGGCUUUCCUGGCUUAUCCCCAAGCUCUUCAGCUUUGUUAUUGUACCGAUACCUCAAAUUCGAAGCUUUAGUUUUUGAGAAAGGCAAGUCUUUGUUCUCAAAAUGCCCGGCUGCUGCAUGUGCAACUCUGGCCUCCACACACAGACGCGGCAGCGCCGCCCCCGGGCUGGCCCCAUGCCCAGGACUGCCCACUCAGUCCCCACGCGUGGACUUGUCCUGUGACCCAGGUCGGACCCUGGGGAGACGGGCUGUCUGUCUCUCGGGUGUGGCCUCAGCGGGGCUGGGCGAAGGGACGGGAAGCCCUGGAGGGAUGCUUCUCUGGCGCCUGUGAGGGGGCUCGGUGCAGAGAGCCAUGGUGCCCACGCUGUGUGCUUGCCUCAGCCACGGGAACCACCCCGUGCCAGGCGUCGUGGUGACAGAUUAACCUAACAGGCAUGAAGCCGUCACCCCCGAGCCCUCAGGCAGGCCUGGUCUGAAAAACCAGCAGACGUGGAGCUGGCGGCCUGGUGCCUGGGCCAAUACGAUCAUGUUCAUCCCCCCCCCCCCCCCCAAUGCUGAAUUAUCCCCACUCUGGCCAAAGACAUGCUCCCUGAGACCCAGGGCAGGCGGUGAGGGGCGCUGGGCAGAUGCAGCAGCCCCCCAGCCCACAGCCUCUGUUGGCAGAGACCCAGACAAGCAAGCGUCCUCAGGAUCACAGGACAUUUUGAGCAGUUUAACGUGGUACCAAACUGAGUCCAGACAGAAGCUAUUUCUAGGUGAAGCGAUGCCUAUUUUUCAAGUUAAGAUGCACAGACCUACGUAGAUGCACUUUGCCGAAAAGUUAGGUUUGGUGUAGACCAGAAGCCACACGUGAUUUCUUGUUUUCUUAGAAGACAUUUCUAUUUACAGUAAAUAUCGUUAGUAUGUAAAUAAUGUACAUAUAUGUUGAUUCCUGGGGUGUUUAUUCAAUGUAUAUACUCCCACAAUUUGCAUGAAGAAAUAUCGUACAUCAGUAUUUUGUUGUAAAUAGUAAAACUGGAGGGGGUGUGGCUGUCAAAUACUAUGUUCACGGAAUAAAAGGAAAUGCAUUGUUACAA